CGUCUUAACUACCGUUUACUGAUCGUGAAUCAGAUUUGGGAUAUCUGUUUACUGUCACCACUACCGAUGAGAAAUCGUACAGGCUGAUUCAGAGUCUGUUUUCUGCCGGAAACCCCUCCACGCUACACGUUCACCAUGCCAACAGUGUCCGGUCGGUGAGAACACAAACAAGAUGGCGACGAAGAUUUAACAGAGGAAAUCAUUUUUAUUCGGGUAACAACAGAGAGAGAUCUAACUGCCAUCCUGGAAGUCAUCCACCGCCCUGUCCCUCUGUCAUUUGACUGGACUGUUGUGAAGACUUCCUCUACCAUCAUGUCUACCGCUGCAGUAGCAGACAGAGGUUCCGUCCGUCCAGUCAGGGGCCCCGGCGACGGCAUGGAGACAGACAAGCCCCCAGUCGCUAAGGAGAUCGGUGCCGUGGAUACGCCUCUGUCUUCGGUGCCACUACUUAAGGUAGCUAGUCCCAAACACAGUCCCAAGACCACGCACCCUGCCCCCGCCAGCCUCCAGCACAGCCCCCACUCCACCCCCCAGCAGAGCCCCAGAGCCAGUCCCAGAGACACACCGUCUGGCCCCCGGUCCCCCGGCGUACUCCACCUGGGGAAGGUUCCCCGGGAGGCCUGCAUGGUGGUGGAGGCGGUGAGGAUCGUUGUUCCCCGUGCCGCCAUCACCCGGAGUGGGGGUCCGGCUGAGGAGAAAGGAGAGGCCUGGGCUGGGCAGCAGAUGGAGGAGCGGCCCCCCUCUCCCUCCCCUCCUCUGGAGGACCUGAGAGGAGCCAUGGAGAAGCUUCAGACCUCAGAGAGAAGACUGCUGCAGGGCAAGGAGGGGCUCCUCAACCAGCUCCAUGUACAGACUGAGGUGAACAGAGAGUUGAAGAAGCUGCUGGUAGCCUCUGUAGGUGAUGACCUGCAGUACCACUUUGAGCGUCUGGCCAGAGAGAAGAACCAGCUGAUCUUAGAGAACGAGGCUCUGGGUCGCAGCCGGGCCUCCACAGUAGAACAGCUGGAACGCAUGUCUAUACAAUGUGAUGUCUGGAGGAGCAAGUUCCUGGCGUCCAGAGUGAUGGCGGAGGAGCUGACCAAUGCCAGGGUUUCUCUCCAGCACCAGACCAGAGAGGCUCAGAGCGCCAUCACAGACCUGCUGAGUGAGAGAGACGAGUUCUCCAGAGACAUGAUGUUAACCCACAGGUCUCUGGAGCAGCUGCUGGUCUCUCUCCAGUGGGGUCGACAGCAGACCUACUACCCCAGUGCCCAGCCACUCAGCACGGGAGAACUAGCUCUAGCCAAUCACAAGCUGGCAGAAGCCAUCAACUCCCGCCUGCUGGGUAAGGUAGGGAGCAGCAGUGGAGCCGUGCUGGGGAAAGGAAGACAGGCCUCGGAGCUCCCUAACACCUCACACACGCCUGCUGAGAAGAUGGCUGAGAAGGUGUUGAAGAUCCUGGACCCUAUUUCCUGUUCAGACAACGAGGAAGAAUCCUCCCCCCUCUCUCUCUCUGACUCCUCCCCCUCGGCCUUCCUGACCAAUAAGAAGAGCAUCGGCCGGUUCCACCCUUACACGCGCUAUGAGAACAUUACCUUCAACUGCUGCGAGCGCUGCAGCGGAGACAUCCUGGUACUCUAGGGGUCAGAGGGCAGGGGUCGUGACCUUUAACCUGGACAGGUCAACGCAGGCCGCUGUGAGGAACACCAGUCUCUCUCCGUCGAACCGUCUGGUUUCACAGCGGUCUCAGAACGGGACUUGACUGGAAGUAUGGCAGAAGCGGACGAAACAACCGCUGGUUUUAAUUGGCUGAUCUCUCAGUCCAUCACCGUCUCAUAACCCUUAGAACCUCCCACUACGUUGUGGGCUUCAGAACGUGAGCCAAGCAAGUGAUUUAAACAAGGAAGUGAGUUCGGAAAAUCUGAAAGUACUCAUCUUAGAAUCAAUUGGGCUUCCCCAAAAUAAUAUGGUCAAAAUGAUAUAACACGUGUCAAAGUCAUUCCACGGACGGCCGAGUGUCUGUGGGUUUUUGAUCCUUCCCUGUACUUCACUGAUGAAUUGAGGUCACUAAUUUAGAAGGAACUGCCCUCACCUGGUUGUCUAGGUUACUAAUUAGUAAGGAACUGCCCUCACCUGGUUGUCUAGGUUACUAAUUAGUAAGGAACUGCCCUCACCUGGUUGUCUG